AUGCCGCCGAACCAACCUCGACGUCAACCUAAGAAGGCGAAAAAGCCUCGUCCAAGCAAAUCCUCAGAUACUCCAAAGGCAGACGACAAAGUCAGAGUUCAAGACGAUUCUAGCGCCAAUAUUGGCUCUUCUGUGCCAGAAACUCGUCCGCAAGUUUCAGAAGGUUCGAAAGGCCAAGACGCAAAAGGUUUUCUAAGUACUGCAGCCCCCAGCAUAACGGGAGUUAUCGCGCCAGAACAAACCGGAUCUGAAGUCUCCAACGAGAUGUAUAAACCAGGAAAAUCCCCAUUCGCGCCUCCAAACUUUUCCCAACAAUGCCAUUUCACGAAAAUCGGCUACGCGUGUACCCAUUCCGACUGGCAACGAGACCCUAAGAUAACACACACAGGCUCUUGCAGAGCCGCCAGCCACACGUUGCUUUGCAACAACAUGGCGAAAACGGCCAAGAAAGUUUGGAGUGAUGAUGCUUGUCCACAGUGCUGUAACGUAACGGCAACAAGAGCGAGUUCAAGUGUUGCAUCAAGCUCCAACAAAAAAGACGCAAUCAUCAAGAGAAUAUCGGAACUAGAGAACGUCGGCAGUCAGCAAGUUUCAAAGAAUCAAUCUAAUAAGCUUACUGCAGUUGGGUGCCAACAUGGUUUGCAGUCUACCAACAAAAAAGUGGAAGUGAAUGAAAUGGCUACGGUUAGCGACUGGGGUCUCGAGCAAGCUCCUCCAUUUCAAUCUGCCGCUGUACCUACGACAUCAAAAACCUCUGAAGCGGCUAAAUUUCUGGAGAAUUUCACGGACAUACCACUCGAUCUAUUCUUACACCCCCCAAAAUCCGAGACUUCGGAACUAUCAGUGGACAAGCCUCUCGAGAAAAUAUCAGCGGCGAAUACUUCUUCGAAGACCCAGCAAAAAAAUCCAUCUCAGGCACGAUCGUUUGACGCCGAUCCCGACUCUGAGGAAUUCUCAGAUACCGAUUCGGAAGAGUAUCGUAUGGCUAAGGAACGAGAGUACUGGCUGUCGUUGCCGAGUGCUGAGAAUGGUGGCGGACUUACCGACAAGCCUGCUGGGAUCUUUGGCCGAAUUUUUGGAACUUUCACAGGAAAGAAAACUAAGGCUGCCGAAGAGAAGAAAGAUGCAUCAGGCAGUACUGUUGGUAGCAAGUCGGAAAGUGAUGAGGAGUCGUUCAAUACUGCUCGAGAAGAAUGGGUUCAUGUCGCAAAUAAUAGGAAGUGA